AUGAUCUUCUAUGGAAAUGUAUCUAGACUCGAUAUCGGUACAACACAAAUUGCAUUUUUUGUGGAAACUUUGGGUAUACAUUGUCGAGUCACUGUAAUUCAGUCUUUUUGUAACUACUUUCCCAAGUCUUUGGAUGUACAUUUGACUUUUAAUGUUGACAACAACACAACAAUUACCAAUUAUUCAUACUCUACAUCCACAAGUAAUGUCACAUCACAAUUAAAAGAAAAAGUUCAAGCCAACACAGAGUAUCUAGACGGACAAAGUAGUGGGUUUACUUCAUCUAUUGUAGACAAAUCGGAUGACCUUUCUUUUUCAAUAAGGUUGGCAAACAUCAAAUCAAAAGAACACUUCAAUUUUUCAUUAACAUACCUAACACUUCUUGAUGAAGAAAAUGGUUUUCUUGUUGUAAAAAUACCAGCAUUUCCCUUUCAAAAAAUUCCAUUUACUUUGGCUAUUACUGGAACGUCCCAAUUGUCUACUUCUGGUGAUUUGGACAAAAGUAUCAAAAUUCGGCUACCCUUUCCAACACCAGAAAUUUCGUAUUAUGAAGAUACAGACACUGACGAAGUUUAUUGUUGUUCGACCUUUUAUGCCCAAAAUAGAGGUGGUGAAGCCAAUGUCGUCUUUUUACUUGAUAGAAGUGGAAGUAUGGAAGGGGUGGGUAUCACUGAAGCCAUCAAUGCAUUAAGAAUGUUUUUGAGGCAACUUCCCAACAAUGCAAAUUUUGAUAUCAUUUCUUUUGGGUCUGAUUAUGUUCCACUUUUUGGAAAACUUGCAGAGUACAAUGAAGACUCAUUCAAAGAAGCAGAUGCAAAAAUUCAAAAAUUUGAAGCUGACUUGGGAGGGACAAACAUGCUUGAUCCUCUUCAAUAUGUACUUAAAAAGUAUCCAUCGAAUUUGAACAUUAUCUGUUUGACAGAUGGCUGUGUUGAUCCUGAUUAUAAUAAACCUUUAAAACAAACAAUAUUCGAGUUAUCAAAAAUUAACAAAUUACAUGGAGUUGCACUUGGUUCUAAUUGUGAUGAUGAGUUUAUAAGAUUUAUUGGGAAAUGUGGGCAUGGCAUUUCAGUUGUCUCCAAGAACAUCAAAAACAUUAAAACAGAAAUAUCCAAAAUUACUGAUAAGAUAUUAAAAGGAGAAAUCACCAAUUGUACCAUUGAUUGGGAGACAAAAGGUCUUGUUAUGCCGUCGUCUUUGCCCUUCUUUGUUGAUCAUGUCACCACUUGUAUUCAAAUGACUAAAGAAAACUUUGCUCUUCUUUCCACAAACUCUCAAAAUGAUUCACUUCACGUCAAAGUCGAAGCACAAACAACAAAGAAUGGAACUUAUCAACACGUGCACGCAUCAGAAGUAACUUUUAAUAACACCUUAACGUAUAACCAAAUCGUUAUGAGCAAUCAAACUCUUCGUGAAAGAGGGGAUUUGGUUCGAGAUAUCUUUGGAUCUUUUCUUAUCAAAGAGACUGAAUCAUUUGCUUCAAAAAAUGAGGUUAUCAAAAAUUCUUUAAAAUAUGGAAUCUUGUCAAUUUACACAUCCUUUGUUGCAGUGGACAAAACAACGAAAGUUGAGGCAUGUGAUGUCAAGAAAAUUGUCUUGUCACAAAAUUAUGAAUAUCAAGAUGAUGAUGAAGGAAAUCAACCGAACAAAGUGUUAAAUCCCCAAUAUUUAAAACAAUAUGAUGGUGCUUGUUAUGAAGUUGCUCCACCAAUGUACAUUUACGUCAAACCAACAGUGGAAGAGGAUAAAAUAUGUUAUAAAGAGUUAGACAAGUCCAAAGUGUUUGACAGUAUUAUUUGUCUUCAAAACUAUAGCGGUGCAUUUGGUGGAGUUGAAAGUGUUGUACCUGAUAUUGCACAGAUCAACAAUUGGAGCACUCCUUUAGUUCAAACGUAUUUUGUAAUUGCAUUUUUAAAGAUGAGGUAUUCAAACAUGAAAAUAGUUUGGAGACUUCUUGUUGAGAAAGCUGAAAAGUACAUUGCAAGCAAUUUAGUGGCGAUAUCCGAUUCAGAAAGAAAGACCAUUAUUGAGGUUGUUAGAAAGAUACAUUUUGGCAAAUAA